UCAAACGAGCCACAUGGUUCGUUUUAAUGCCACUAAAACAAAUAUUAUUAUAAACGAUAUUAAAAAAAAUGAAUAAGACUACUGUAAUAUUAAAUCUGAUUAUUUAUUUAUUUUCUGUUGUUAAGGCGAUCAAUGAAACUAACACUAGUAAAGACAGUGAUGAAUUCUCUGAAAGAAUAGUUGAGGCUGUGACAAUUCAAAACUCUUAUGCGAAAGAUUUAUCGAAUGUCGUAAACAAAUUAGAUAUUGUAAGUACAAGCAAAGUGAUCGGAAAUAAUAAUACUUCUAAAAUAUAUUAUGUCAAAAUUCGACGAUUAAAAGAACCAGAAAUGGGAAACGAUAAAGCUCCAAAAAUAAAUACGAGGAGAUAUAGUACAACCACGGAAAAAUCAAUACCAGUUAUAAUUGAUUCCCCCGAGGAAAAGAGCGAUGAAAAAUUAACUAAUAAAACUGAAACAAUACAUGAGGACGCAAAUGAAUUGAUAAAAAAUGUUAAUAUUAGUGAAAUAGAAAAUACAACGGAAGGUUUACAAAUAAAAGAUGAAGUCAAACAAAAUGUAGAAAACCCCCUUGAAAGUCAUUUCGAACAAGAACCUGUUACUUACGAAAGUGUUAUUGAAGAAGACAAGACAGAGAAACCAAGUGACGAAUUAUCCUCUGAUGAGGAAGCACUUGAUGAUAUACAUACAAGAAGAAUGAUGAAUGCUCGACAGUGGAAUGAAGACGAGAAUGCACAUGAUGAGAACGAUUUUAAAAAGGUGCUAGUCUGGAAAAAUGAUGAUGAUGUGCUAUUAGACGUAAUAGGAAGGUCUGACAAAGACAACGCUGAACAAGUUGCAAUUGCUAAAGCUGAAAUGAAACCAAAAUUAAAAGUUACCACCCCAGCAAACUUUAACAUCUAUGGAAACAGUAUGAAUCAUCCAGUUAGAAUCCAGCAUCCACAACAUGAUCCUAGUGUAAUUCAAUCAAAAUGUUUAGAAAAUCCUGCUCUUUUUAAUCUACGUUCUCCUAAGCCCGAUGAUAAAGAAUAG